UUUUCACAGAAUUAGUUGAUAAGUUACAGAUCAAGAAUGUUCAAUUCGACGAUCUAUAUUCCAUAGACAGCGAUUCGUUAAAGAGUUCUAGUCCAUUAUAUGGGGUUAUAUUCUUAUUUAAAUAUGGGCAAGUUGAUAGAGAUUAUGCUGCCGAUAACAAUAAGCCGUUAGAUGGAACCUACGAUGAGGAUUAUCAACAAAAGGGUAUAUUUUUCGCCAAUCAAACUAUUCAGAAUGCAUGUGCUACACAAGCGGUGUUGAAUGUGUUAUUGAACAAGCCAGAGAUCGAGAUAGGAGAGGAGCUUACAAACUUUAAGGGUUUCGUAGAAGGUUUCGAUAGUGAAACCUGUGGUGAAACCAUUUCUAACAGUGAACUCAUCAGAUCUGUUCAUAACUCUUUUUCAUCGCCAUCGCUCAUUAUUGAUGAAGACAAGCAAAAGCCAAAACCAAAAUAUGAUGACAAAAACGAUGGAUUGUUCCAUUUCGUUGGAUAUUUGAAUAUUAACGACCAAAUAUAUGAAUUAGAUGGGUUGAAAACGUAUCCAGUAAUGCACGGUGAGUGCAAGUCAAACCAGGAGUUUUGCGAAAAAUUGCCCGAAAUAUUAAUGAGACGUAUAAGCAAAUAUGGUGAUGAGUUACGUUUUUCGUUGUUGGCAAUUUCGAACGACAAGUUGCGUCACUAUCAAGAAAUCGGUGAUGCUGCAAUGAUACAUUCUGAAAUGAUGAAGAGAGAGACAUGGAAAAGAGAAAACGAAUUAAGAAGGCACGAUUUUGUUGGUUUGAUGGUAGAAUUAUUAAAAAAUAUUGGUAAAGACCUAUCUGAUAAUGAAUAUGCAGAUUUGAUAAAACAAGCUAGACAUAAAGGCCAAGUAAAAUUACUACAAAACUUUACUAAAGCUCAUUUUGCUAAUAACUAG